AUGGAGGUGCCUGGGAUUGUACUACUACUCUGGAUUGGGGCGGCGGUGGGGCAGAGUUACUUGACGGGCGAGCAUCGUCCGCUCUGGAUACUGGAGGAUGGGCUGGCCAAGCGGCAGAGGCAGGAUCGUCCAGAGGCGGACUAUGAAACCACCACCAGGCUGUCACCGCUGAUGGUCCGGCGGCAGGCGAGAGGAGGAGUUGGCGGUGCAGGUCAGGGGGCUGUGCCUGGCCCCAUUACCUUCCUGGUCAGACAUGAGGACAGGGAGGAGCCAGCUCCUACACAACCGCCGCCGCCGCCUCCAAGACUGCCCAGCUUUCCCCGGCGACGCUUCAUGAUGCCCCACCGCCUCCAGCUGCCGCACCAGUACGUGCAGCCCGUCCAGAAGACCAGGAGUCACCGGCGCGAGGGACGUCGCCAGCUGCCCGUCUUCGAUAAUGGCCCCGGGGAGAACUCCCUGCAGCUGGGCAGGGACAACUACCCCAUUUUCGUGUACAAUGGCACCAGGGGCGAGCUGAUUCUGAACACCAUGCUGAGCAGGAGGCGGUAUCCCAUGCAGGAACCAGUGCCGGGACAAGUGCUCUAUCCGCCAUCGACGCCCAUGUUCCGACCCAAGCCGAUUGUGGAGCGAUUCCGCUUGCCAGGCCAGAGGGAGAUGAUGAACCUGACCUUGAUACCCUUCUAUGCACACGAGGCCAUCAGGGAUCCGGCUCUGACUAGCACUAGCACUCUCCUGCAGGAGACCACCACUCCCUCGCCGCCGCCACCUCCUACUCCGCCGCCCUAUGAGACGCAGCUGCCCAGGAUCGAGGAAAUGGCCCAGCUGGGCAAGCGGAAGCGGAAGAAGGCCAAGCAGUACGAGGCCUUCCACUCCCCCCAAGAAGUGAUGCAAUGGCAGUCGGUGCUGCGGAGAUCCACUGGUCACCACGACAAUCAUCGUCCCUAUGCCAGUGAGGAAAUGGAGCCAGAGGAGCAACCGGAGGUGGGAGAUGUGGGCAAUGCUCUGGAGGAGGAGGAGGAGCACGAGGAGGUUCUCGAGGAGCCAGAGGAUUGGCAGGCCGAAACGGAGGUGGAGUUGCCCACAGAAACCUCCACCGCCAGCAGCAGUGAGCCCUUCCACAUAGUCUACUUCGAUGAGAGCCUGGAGCGCCCCGUCGUGGAAUCCCUGAGCACCACUCCUCCACCGCCCCUGCGACAGAGCUCGCGAUAUGCCCUCAAAAGGGAGUACUACGCCUUUCCCGUCUACACGCUGGGCAAGCUGCUGCAGCCCACCAAUCCCGCCAAGAAUCUGCUGGAGAAGAGCGAUCGCUCGGCGAGAAGUUCUGCGGAGCGGGAGCCCAGCACCAGCACUUGGUUUAUCCUGAAUUCGCGAUACAAGGGUCCCCACCUCCGAGCGCUGGGAAUGGAUAAUCAGACCAGGUACUACACCUCCAAGUACAUAGAGAAUGGCUUCAGACCGCGUAGAUAGUAAGAAUACCAAGUGAUAUGUGUUAGAGAGAAGAGUUACCGAAGAUUAAAGAAU